AUGCAUGCUAUAAAGGGAAGUUGGGUUGGCCAGACGUUCGCCCUGUUCAAAUCUAAUGAGUCUGGAGGGAGGAAGUCUAGCAUCCGCCGUUCAAAGGAGGAAAGUAAGGGCAUGGUUGAAUUGUUUAUUAUAAAGUAUCAGAGUUUAAACAAUGGGAACUUUCCUUCUCUUAACCUCACCCACAAGGAAGUUGGUGGGUCAUUCUAUACAGUCCGUGAGAUUGUUCGAGAAAUCAUCCAAGAAAAUCGUGUGUUUGGUCCUGCUAAGUUUUUGCCCGCAGAGCAAGACUUUCAUGAGUGGUCAGAGCAGUAUCCCGGGGCACAAUAUCCACAGAACAUCAUUCUUCUUCAGCUUUGGCACCCAAUGGAACUACAGUACAAUCUGAUCAACGUCCUAGUCCCAGUUAAUAUGAAGAAUUUUCUCUCAGUUCUCAUUGGCUUGCUGAUGACAAUGCUGAAGCUGGACAAAUCCUUAAUGCCAGUUUUGUAG